ACAAGAUCUUGUAAAAUUAGAUCAUACAGUCAUUAUUGUAUUAUUUUUUUCAGGAUUUAUUCUUUAUAAAAUUAUUGUGAUAAUUCUAAGUUAUUUAAAACAAAUUUAAGUGAUAGAAAAUACACACAACCAUAUAUAGAUAUGUAUACACAAAUAUAGUUAUUGGCAUAGCUGUAAAAAUAAACCAAGUGUAUAUAUCUCUCUUCUCUUCUACUGUGCCAAAAUAAGCAUGUUAGUUACUAAAUUAAUACAAUUGAAACAGUGAUAGUGGCACUUCCUAUACCAAUCAAUAAAAAUUUAUUGCAUUAUUUUUAUUUAUAGUAUUAAUAAUUUAUAAUGACAUCAAAUAAAAAAAAAUAAUAUAAUCAAAAAACCAAGAAAUGUAAAACUUAAAGGAAUAUUGUAAAAAGAACUUUAAAUAGAAGAUCUACAUGAGUGUGUAUAUGUAUGAAUGUACAUAGUAUGAUAGUUAAUUGAACACAUUUGUGUGUAAUAAUAAGUAAAGAGUAUACAUAUCCUACAGACAGUCAGUGUGAAUGUGCUCAUGACAAUGGUUAGAAUGAAGAAUAUUCUUUAUUGCAUCUUCUAUUUUAUAAUUUUAACAGACGGACAAUACAAAGAGGACAGAGACUACAAUCAUGAAUUUUAUGAGGAUGCAUCAAUCGAUUAUAUACACAGUUGGGGAGAUCAUCCACAAAAUGCAUUACAAGAUGAUUUCUACAUUUUAAAUGAUAUAGAAGAUGAAGAAUUACAGAAUGAUAUGUAUCCGGAUACAAAUGAUUUCUCCAUUACAUUUGCUGACAAUAAAAAUUCAUUUAAACAUACUAAUUCACUUAAUAAUCAAUUGGAUUGGUAUAAAGUGCCUGAAAAAGUAUAUCGUUAUACUAAACAUCGUAUUCCUGGAUAUGAUUAUGACGAAUUUGAUUACUUUGGCAUAAAGAGUUCCAAAAUUUGCGAUGAAAAAUCAGUAUGGACUCACUGUCUCUGUCAAUUUACAUGCAAAGAACCUAAUAUAGUAGAUUGCUAUACUCCAUGCAAAAGUGGAUGUGAAUGCAAAGAAAAUUAUGUAUUUGACGAGAAACAACAACAGUGCCUAUUACCUGAAGAAUGUUCUUCCGAACAAGAAGAUAUUAUUUAUGAUAAGUGAAACUUUAUAAAAUAAUCGAUCUUUAUGUUUAGUGAAAACUGAAAAUAACCAUUCUGUAUCUUUUAUGAAUUAAAUAGUUAUUAAGAAAAUGAA